AGAAAUCAACACAAGAUGUUAACGCAACUUAAUCGAAAACAUCCAAAUAAGAGAAAACUGAAAGAGAAGAAAAAUAAGAAAAGAGAGAAUUCGGAUCCUUCAAAUGGUUGCGGUGCAGGUUGCUGAUGGGAAGAGUGCAGGGACUGCAGGCUUUAGUGAACUUAUGUCUAAAUGUCUCCCCUCCCCAAGCAAGCUUAAGACAUGUCUCUCUGAUCAUCACAGCUGGACCCUGAAAAGUGAAGCACAAAUCCCACAAAAUCCGCUCCUUUUCACAUGUAUAAACUCGACGCACUAAAUUUUUUUUUUUCUUUUUAGAUAAAUCUCAUUCCCUUGGUGUAUAUAAACCAAAGAGAUGAUAUAACAAUUUAUACAUGUAAAAUUUGAAACAUCUGAAAAAACCAAACACAUCGAUCACAUGGAGAAGUGGAGAGAGAGUGGGAGAGUAAACACAGUUUUGUUCACAGCAGGAGCAGCUGUGGCAAUGGCAUGUUUAAAACGUGUUAUAUUAAUGGUGUUUCUCAUGGAGCAAUGGCGGGCGUCGGUUUUCCUUCUGCUCAACCUCGUUCUCCUAGCCAUUGUCUUCACCUCCAUUUCGUCCGGGACCUCAAACAUUGAUCGGAAUCGAGAUUGCGAAAACGACAAUGGCGAAGGGAUCAAAAGUAACGAAGGAGGAAAGAAGAGAAGAGAAUAUCGGUGCCAAUCUGCUCCUCAAGUGGUUGAAGAAGUUAAGGAAUGUGAGGAUGAAAUGUGCAAGAGCUCAGCGCGCGGCGGCGGUGAGAGCGAGCAAGAGCGGGAUGAAGACGAUACGGAGGAGGAGGAGGAGGAGGUUCGGAAGCUGUCGGAGGAGGAUUUGAAUGAGAGAGUGGAAGCUUUCAUCGUUAUGUUCCGGCAGCAUUUGGUUUCCGAUGCAAGAAAUUGAUUGAGGUUUGAAGGGUUUAGGGUUUCUAAAAAUCAGCAUUUUGAUUUUCAAACCUGUAAUCUGUUGAAGUUAUUGAUCUUGGUUCACUCUUUAUUUUUUCAUUUUCUUGAUCAAAAGUUCCACUCUUUUAUCUUGAUUAAAUUCUUGGAUUUACAACAUUUGGAUAGAGAUAAAUAAAUAAAAUGUACAAUUUGACACUUAUUUUUACUUCU